GAGAGCUAGCUCGUGCAUAAUCUCGGCUGCUUUACGGUGCAUCCGGCGUUUUCAAUCGUUUCGGGUGUCCAGCAUUGAUGCGAGACCGUCAGCAUUGUCUGCUUUUGCACGCGUAUCCGCUCGCCUUGGACCCACCGAGAGGCCAGCCUCCAGCCGCGCGCGCUCGCAGGCCCGAAGAAAUGAAACUCCUCCGCGCCAUGGUUCCCGCGCUCUCGGCCGCCCUCCGCGCGCCGGCUCGCCUCGUGGGCCGCGGCCGCGCGCUGCACGCGACGGCGGCGCGCGGUGCCGGCUCGGGCGGGCUCUUCGAGGACGCCACGGCGCUCGUGGGCAACACGCCCGUCGUGAAGAUCAGCGACAAGCUCUGGCCUGUGUGGAAAUCAAGUUUCGGGCGCCCCACGCCAUCGACGCGACGUUGUCCCCGUGGCCGCGUCGGUAACCUAACUCACUGGUUGAUUUCCACACAGGCUCGCGCCGCCCGGCGUCGAGGUCUACGCCAAGUGCGAGUACUUUAAUCCGCUCGCGUCGGUCAAGGACCGCCUCGCGGUGGCCAUCAUCGAGGACGCUGAAAAAAGGGGCGAGCUCAAGCCGGGGAUGACCGUCGUGGAAGCCACGUCGGGCAACACGGGCAUCGCCGUGGCCAUGGUCUGUGCCCAGCGCGGCUACGACUGCGUCAUCUGCAUGGCCGAGCCCUUCUCCGUCGAGCGCCGCCGCCUCAUGCGCAUGCUGGGGGCCAAGGUCAUCGUGACGCCGAAAGCCGGCAAGGGCACGGGCAUGGUGCGCAAGGCCGAGGAGCUCUGCGCCAAGAACGGCUGGUUCCUCUGCCACCAGUUCGGAUCUGUGUCGAAAUCAACCACUGAGUUGCGUUUACGUCGCGUCGAUGGCGUGCAGCGGCUGAUUUUUUUUUCCCACAGGUUCGAGAACGAGGCGAACUGGAAGUUCCACGAGGCCACGACCGGCCCCGAAAUCAUCGCUGAUUUCAAGGCGUCGGGCAAGAAGUUGACCCACUGGGUCACCGGGUACGGUACUGGAGGUACUUUCCACGGCGCGGGCAAGGCCCUCAAGGCGUCGAUUCCGGACCUGAAGAUUGUGUUGGCCGAACCGGAGGCUGCUGGAUUAUUGGCCUCUGGCGUGGCCACGGAGCGCAAUGCUGAUGGGUCACCGAAAGCCUCGCACCCCGCCUUCGCGGCGCACCCUAUUCAGGGCUGGACGCCCGAUUUUAUCCCCAAGGUCCCUCGACAGUGCAUAAAUCAAAUUGUCGCGGCGCGUCUCCGCCACUGGCCACCCGACUCACUGGUUGAUUUGCGCACAGGUCCUCGAGGACGCGCCCAUGGCCGAGUUGCAGGACGAGCUCUUCCCUAUCCCUGGCGAUGCGGCCGUGAACACCGCCAAAGCUUUGGCUGCCAAGGAGGGCCUGCUCACGGGUAUCUCGGGUGGCGGCACGAUGUACGCCGCGCUCGAGACGGCCAAGAAGGCCCCCAAGGGCUCGGUGAUCCUCGCCAUGCUCCCGGACACGGGCGAGCGCUACCUCUCGACGCCGCUCUUCGCCGACAUCCCGGCGGACAUGAACGACGAGGAGCUCUCCAUCGCCAAGUCGACGCCGUCCUUCCAGCUCAUCCCGGGCCAGGAGCCGGUCCUCGCGGCCUAGACGAACGAGUACGUAACAAUGUGCUUAUGCUAGACUCA